AUGUCUUCCCACAAUCCAAACUCUUCCAAGCAAAAUGCUCCAAACCAAAAUGUUUACAAUCAAUUCACACUUUUCGGCUACGAUCCGUUAUCACCACCACCUUACCGGCCACAAAUGAAUGGUGUUCCUAGAUAUUAUUCACAAUUCCAAAUGCUACAACAAAUCCAAUUCCAAUCCCAACCACAAACCCAACCAUCCCAAACCCAAUUCCAAUUUCAAUCCCAACCGCCCUUCACACCUUCAACCGAAAUUCUUUCCGAUUCCGAACACGAAGAACAAAAACCUUAA